AUGGUUCCCAUGCUGAUCUUUCUGCUCCUGGCAUCGCCUGCUUUGGGAAUUCGAUUGGAUGGUUCCGUUGGCGCCGUUGAAGUACCAAAGAAGGGAGACAAAUGUGAAUGCCCUGGAAAGAAUUGCUGUGGAGAUGACUCAUUGGUAUGCGACGUGAAGACUCGCACUUGUAAACCAAGCCUCGGUAGUCUCUGCUCGUCGAAUUAUUUCUUCACAGAGUGCGCGAGUAAAGACACCUACAACGUCAGCACUGAGUGCGCACUAAGUGCAGCGGGGUAUCAUAGAUGCUGUAUCAAGAGUGGUCAGCCUCUUUUUGCCUGCGCCGUCUUCGCCUAGUUUCUUAGCUUUCUGGCCGCGUCGUUGGAAGAAAAAAGGGCACUGGUUCAUUUCCGCCAAGAUUCCUUUCUUCCAGCAAGUGUGAUCGCAAACAUUGAUGGUUAAUUUUGACAAGACUUUAUUUCAUAAUAGCGGUGGCAGCGGUGGGCAUUGCUAGACACCCAAUAAGAGGCGGCGUCAUAGUGAAGGAAGGUCAAAAUCUUGAGACAGGUGCCCCAGCUCAGACUUGGGGACCGCACGCGGGCUUUGUCAAUAUCGUCAUGUUGUAUUGGGUCGCCUCGGCUUUUGGAAAAAAUGAGUUCCCGUGAUUGCUUGAAACUGCAAGUAUCGCGUUUUUGUUUUGAUGGGGUAUGUGCUCAUACAGCUCUUGUUGGAAAACAUUCACUCACCUAUGUCUGCACCCUUAACCCCAAGCUCGUGCAAAUCACCAGUCCCAGCAUCCCUCUUUGACCAUGUUUUAGAGGAAGGUUGCGGUCCUUGGUCUUAACUUGGCUGGUCCAGGCAAUGAAAAAAGCGAAGGCGGGAUCAGCACAGCUUUGUUUUGCACAAAA